UUUUGGAAAAUCACAAAUUGUUCAUCAUUUUAAAGCACAACGCGUUAAGCUGGCCUAAAUAUUAUAUAUUGAUGUAAAUUAUGACGGGAUUUACUAAAUUUUCACAGAUAUCCCGAUGUCUAAGAUAUCGUUCGCCAAUCUGUCGACCUCAUCGCCUGUUCCAUGGGAGCUGCAGGCACUGGAAGAAGCUCUGCACGGGUAGCGUCUGUGGACGACCGACGCAAAUGCUGGAACUGCUGCCAGCUAUGCCAACGAUGAUCCACGUCCAGCUCUAUGCGCAGCGAGCAACGAGCGUCUUCAAUUCAAAGAACAAUGUGGAUAUGCUGCGCAAGCGGAUCAGUUUCAGUGGAACUCCGAAUAAGGACACUGCUCUAGCUCCAAAUGUUGUGCCCGUUGGCAUUAUAAUGCCAGAGAGCAAUGAUGGCAAGCAACUGAAGAUUGUCAUUGUGCCGCUGGACUUGGCCAAUCAGGAUGUGGAGAGUCUGCAACAUACGCUUGAGGCGCUCAAUCAGCUCCGCAUGCACGCCAACGAGAUUGAUGCCUUCACCAACGGCAUGCUCGAGGAUUUUAAUCAGUCGGACCCCAAACUAAAAGCACCAGCUGUCAACAAGCAGGGAAUGCAGAAAGUCAAUUUCAUGGAGGGCUAUGUACAAGAAGUCGAUGCUGUCGGCACUCCAGCAUCCACAACCGAUGUAGGAUCUGGACAACCUCAGUUGCAGCAGCAGCAAAAACAGUCACAGCAGAGGCCGGCAUUUGCACCACUUUCUAAUGCUGCUGCUGCUGUUGCACCAAUUCCUAAGCAUGCGUCAAGCACACAACCCAAACCAAUGCCCAAACCAAAAACAGAACCAAUGCCAAAAACACUGCCCAUGGGUGAUCCCAAGGAAAAUGAAAUCAGAGCCACUACCGAGCCGAAAGAAGCAGAUAAUAUUACGGCUGUGGACUCGGAGAUCAGUCAAAUUAGCAUUGAGGUGCCAAAUGGUCUGAGUCGGCGACUGAGCGAUAUGUCCAUCGCCUCAAUGCAUCUGUCCUUCGAGAUGGACAUGUCAAAUGUGCGCGAAGCGAUGAAAGGCGAUCAGCAAGCUGCGGCCACAGAAGAAUUGUCCUUGGGCAGGAAUCCGAUGAUCUCACUGGAGACACGCGUGGAGUCUGAUCCGGAUAAUGCACCCAAGAACACAGUGCCACUGAUGUUCAAUGCUCUAUUGAAGGGCACCGUGCAGAUCGAUGCCGACAAGAUCAGUCUAGCGAAUCUGAGCGAGGAGCAGCUACCAGCCUAUAAUGAUAAGGUUACGUCCAUUGCCGCCAGUAUUUGCAGCUCGGCAUUGGAGAGUGGAUUUCCAUCCGAGCAGCAACAGCCCGAAAGCAACUUGGCCAGCCCCAAAUUACCGUCACACUUACGCAUGGCACUGAUGCGCCACAAGACUGCGAAGCAUAUGAAUAUUAGUCCCAUGCUGAAGGACGGUUGCAAGUAUCCAGUUAUCAAGAAGAAGAAGAAGUGCCCUAAAAAGUGCCCCCUGCUCGAUGAUCCCUGCAAGAAAGAUCCCUGCAAGCCGCCCAAGCGACCACAAAAGAAAGCUGUAAAAACCACUGAGAUAAUGGCUUCUGGCAAAAAGAGUGAUUCUUGUGGCGAGAAAAAGAAGAAGGAUCCUUGUGCUAAGAAAGGUGGCGAGAAAAAGAAGAAGGAUCCUUGCGCCAAGUUCAAGAAGGGUGGCGACAAAAAGAAGAAGGAUCCUUGCGCCAAGAAGAAGAAGGAUCCUUGCGCCAAGAAGAAGAAGGAUCCUUGCGCCAAGAAGAAGAAGGACCCUUGCGCCAAGAAGAAGAAGGACCCUUGCGCUAAGAAGGGCGGCGACAAAAAGAAGAAGGAUCCUUGCGCCAAGUUCAAGAAGGGUGGCGACAAGAAGAAGAAGGAUCCUUGCGCCAAGUUCAAGAAGGGCGGCGACAAAAAGAAAAAGGAUCCUUGCGACAAAAAGAAGAAGGACCCUUGCGACAAGAAGAAGAAGGAUCCUUGCGACAAGAAGAAGAAGGACCCUUGCGCCAAGUUCAAGAAGGCCGACAAGAAGGAUCCCUGCAAGAAAAAGUAUUCGACAUCCGCCACUUCCAUUUCAAACUCCCGUCAUCUGUCGACAUCGACUCAAGUGGAAGAGAUGAGACCGCGCUUUACGAUUUACUCGACACUUGUGCGGCGACAUUACGGCGGCAUGCCCUCGAGCACUCAGAUGGACGCAUGGGGCAUCAAGUCGCUGGCUGCCCGCAGGCAAGUGCAACGAAGCUACGGCAAGAAGAAGAAAAGCAAGAAGGUAAAUAGCAAAUGCGCUGCGAUCCAACCCAAAGGCAGCAAAAGAAAGCGUAGACACAUAAAAGCGCGCAAAGGUCUUCGCACCGAUUGCUAUAGCAAUUCUGAGGAGGAAUGCCCAAAGGCCGUGAAACGUCGAUGUGGCGUGGUGCCAUUUCCGCGCAAGAAAUGCGAUAAAAGUAAGCGACCCAAGCUCAGGAAGUUCAAGAAACCCAAGAGGAAGCUGCCCGCCAUCUGUAUGCUGGGUCAAAAGAGUAGAAAGGCCAGAAAACCUAAAGGUAGAAAGAAUUGAGCUUCUAGCCACGGGCCCAUUGAUGCUCAUCCAAACGCGCCAACUUUGUGACAC